UUUUUCCUGCGAGGAUCCAGCCGCUCGGGAGCCCUGAUGCAGGUGCGCACGCGCCGGCAGAGACUCAGAGUCCGCACGCCGUGGCUCGCGGUCUAGGAUGUUGCGGCACGCGGUGCGCGAAGGGCUGCGCGCGUUCUUUCACAAUCUGGGUCACUUCGUCGCAAACCACCCGGUGCUGUUCGCCUCGGCGCCCGUGCUCCUGUCCGUGCUGCUGGGCGCCAGUUUCAGCAGAUACCGCGUGGAGGAGCAAGUGGAGUACCUGCUGGCACCCAAGCACAGCCUGGCCAAGAUCGAGGGCAACCUGGUGGAUAGUCUGUUCCCCGUGAACCGCUCCAAGCACACGCUUUACUCGGACCUGCAGACCCCGGGCCGGUACGGGCGCGUGAUUGUCACCUCGCGCAGGGGGAGCGUGCUCGAUCCGCACUACGUUGACCUGGUCCUGAAGCUCCACAGUGCCAUCACCCACAUCCAGGUUCCCAUGCUGGGCUUCAACUACACCUUCUCCCACCUCUGCCUGCUGGACAACAGCCAGAACUGCAUCGUAGACGACAUCCUCCAAGUGCUGGAUGAGAUUCAAACAGCGAAAUCGUCUAAUCGCAGCGCGCCGCUCGUACGCUACCCUAUCACGAGACUCAAGGAUGGCCGCGAGGCCUACAUCGGGCACCAGCUGGGCGGGGUUCAGACCGGCGGCAGCGGCCGAGACACCGUCCGCGUCACCCGCGCCCUCCAGCUGACCUACUAUCUGCAGGUAGCCAGCGCGCUCAACGAGAUGGUAGCGGCACGCUGGGAGCUCCAGUUCUGCCGGGAGCUGGAACGUUUCGGCGCGGCGCACCCGGAACUGGGGCUUCACCCAUUCACCUCGUCCACACUGCAGAGAGACUUCCAGAGGACCAGCCGGGUGUCUGAGCGCCCGCUGCUGUUCAGCCUGGGUGCAUGCCUAUCGCUGGCUGUGCUGUGCUGCUCGAUGAAGGACUGUGUACGCACCAAGCCCUGGCUGGGCAUCCUGGCGCUGGUCACGGUCAGCCUGGCUACCCUCACCUCGGCCGGGAUAUUCAACCUCACCGGGGGGAAAUACAACUCCACGUACCUCGGGAUUCCCUUCGUCAUGCUAGGUCACGGCCUGUUCGGCACAUUCGAGAUGCUGUCUUCCUGGCGCCGGACCCGAGAAGACCAGCACGUGAAGGAACGAGUGGCGGCCGUGUUCUCUGACUGCAUGCUCCCCUUCACAGCCAGCACGGCCCUUCACCUGGUGACCUUCGGAAUCGGAGCCAGCCCCUUCACCAACAUCGAGGCGGUACGUCUCUUCUGCCGCAUCGCCUGCAUCUCUGUGCUCUUGAACUACCUCUACGUCCUGGCCUUCUACGGCUCCAACCUUGUGUUCGCCGGCUACCUUGAGAACAACUAUCGCCACAGCCUGUUUUGCAAGCGCGUCCCCAAGCCCGAGUCGCUCCAGCAAAAGCCGGUGUGGUACCGCUUCCUUAUGUACACGCAUUACAACGAGGAGGCGGGCGAACCCGGCGAGCUGCACGUCUACGAGACGCACUUGCUGGUGGCCUUUAUGAAACGAUACUAUUGUGACUGGAUUACCAACACUUACGUCAAACCCUUUGUGGUGCUUUUUUACCUAGUAUAUAUCUCGUUUGCACUGAUGGGCUACCUGCAAGUGAGCGAGGGAUCGGACCUCAGUAACGUGGUGGCCAAAGAGACCAGCACCAUUGCCUACACUAGGGCUCAGCAACACUACUUCAGUAGUUACAGUCCUGUAAUUGGCUUCUACAUAUACGAGUCCAUUGAAUACUGGAAUACCAGCGUGCAGGAGGACCUGCUCGAGUACAGCAAAGGGUUUGAACGGAUCUCUUGGUUCGAGAGCUACCUGAACUACCUGCACGGGCAGAACAUGACCACCAGCCUGCCCCGCAGAAACUUCACCGAGCAAUUGCGCUCGGGCUUCCUCCGGCAGCCUCGCUACGUGCACUUCUCGGACGACAUCAUUUUCGCCAAGCGAGCCGACGGAGACUUCGACGUCGUGGCCUCCCGGAUGUUCCUGGUGGCCAAGACGACGGAAAACAAGCGAGAGGAGAUGUCCAUUCUGUUGGACACGCUACGUAAGCUCUCGCUGACCUCCAGGGUCAAGUUCAUCAUCUUCAACCCUUCCUUCGUGUACAUGGACCGCUACGCCUCGUCGGUAGGUGCACCAUUGAAGAACUCGUGCAUCGCCGGUUUGUUCUUGCUCUUCUUUUCGACCUUUCUGGCUGCCGACCCGCUCGUGAAUGCCUGGCUGACUGUCACGGUGGCCUCCGUGGAGUUUGGCUUGAUAGGCUUCAUGACCCUGUGGCAGGUGGAGCUGGACUGUGUGUCAGUGCUGUGCCUGAUCUACGGGGUCAACUACGCAGUGGACUCGAGCGCGCCUCUGAUAUCAGCCUUCGUGUUCGGUAGGGAAUCAACACGCACACGAUGGGUCAAGGUGUCCUUGGAGCGGCACGGGGUCCCGGCGCUGCAGAGUUAUAUGUGUUACAGCGCCGCGCUCCUGCCUCUGGCUGCCGUGCCGUCCAACCUCACUCGCACGCUAUUCAAGUGUCUUUUCCUGACCGCCCUCAUUACUGCCUUCCACUGUCUGGCUAUCUUGCCCGUCCUUCUAACCUUCUUACCUCCUUCCAAGAAGAAGAGGAGAAAGAGAAAGAACGUGGCUGAGAACCGGGAAGAUAUUGAGUGCGUAGAAAUGGUGGAUAGUACUCGAGUGGUUGAUCAGAUUACUACCGUCUAG